UGCAUGCAAGCAAAGGACGCGAAAGGGCAUCUUGAUUCAUCGCUGCUAAUUAAGUGGGCCUCCAUAGGUGUAGAAGACUUUGCCAAGUCUUCCCUGAAGCUCAAUAGAGAAAGAAGAGAGGCUUCAUAGUUGGAUGGUUUCAUUUCCCUCAUAUCCAUCCUUUUUCCCAAUAAAGAGCGGAAACGAAACUCAUAUCCAUCUAGAGCUAGCAUCGAUCCUCUCAAAUCUAUCUUCCCUGAAGUGAGCGCUCCGUCCAUUAUUUGCGAACUGAAGGGCGGACGGGAGAUUCGGGUAGGGACUGUGUUGUUUUUCGAUGUUCCUGUUUUCAGGUGCGCGCUUGGGAAAGGGGCCAAAUGUUCCAUCAGCUUCCCAGCAAUUGGAUCCUUGUUCAGAUGGUGUUCAAAAUUGUGGUGCAUCUGCAGGGACGAAAAAUAACAGAGACAGGGAAAGAAUUGAUUCAGCUAAGGGAAAUGGUGUUUGCCCUCUUAAUGUUGAUGAGAGUAAAUUCGAAAAUGUUAAGAGGGACAUUGCGUGGUCCAAAAUCAAAGAGAUUACAGAAAAUGAUAGACUAUAUGAUGCUGAAGCGGCGAUGAAGUUAGUUCAAUUAUUGCAACUUGAUCGAACUGAACAGAAAAUAGGCCUUGCCGGUCGAGCAAGGGUUGCUGAUAUUAUCGCAGCUACAGAAAAUCCUGAUUUCCUAGGCAGGUUUAUACAACUAAGGGGCCUUCCGAUCUUGAAUGAGUGGCUUCAACAGAUUCACAAAGGGAAGUCUGGUGAAGGGGGUGGUCCUAAAGAAACCGAUAAGCCUAUUGAAAAACUUAUUCACGCCCUGCUUCGUGCACUAGUGAAAUUGCCUAUUAAUCUGAAUGCCCUACAAAGCUGCAGUAUUGGGAAAACUGUCAAUCAUCUGCGCAGCCAUAAAGACCAGGAGAUACAGAGGAAUGCUAGGUGUCUUGUUGAUAGCUGGAAGAAGCGUGUUGAUGCUGAAAUGAAGUCGAAUGAGUUCAAGCGUGUUGACACAGCCGCAACACCUGCCAAGAGGAAGUUCAGCCCCCCCAAGCAAUCAAACUACAAUUUAUCUUUUGCUCCAUACUGGGGACCGCAUCAUAUCAGGAAGUUGGCCAAAACACGAAGUCCUAUUAGCAAGGCUUAUGACAUUGGAAAACAUGACGAUGGACAAUCCAUCCUAUCUUUAAAGAGCAUCAAUAACUUUUUGUCUUCUUCAGCAACGGCUGAUCAAUUAACUGAACUUAAAGCCCUUCAGAGCGUACUGAUGGACGCAAAUGCAGAGCCAACUAAGCUAUCAUUUCCAUUCAUAAGAUACAUCACACAAAAAUUCCAUCAAGAGAUCGGUCGUGGUGGGUUCGGAGUGGUUUACCUGGGAGAUAUCGGAACUGGGAAGGUUGCUGUGAAGAAACUCUCAAUAAUGCAGAACUUUUCUGAGGCGACCUUUCUGGAUGAGAUUAAUUGUUUAAUAAAGGCAAAGCACACGAAUAUAGUGAGAUUUCUUGGUUAUUGUGCGGAUACAUAUGGGGAAUGUGUGCAAUACGAAGGAAGUCUUGUGCUAUCAGAGGUACCACAACGGUUGCUAUGCUUCGAGUAUGUUCCUAACGGAAACCUUCAGAAGUAUCUUGAAGAUAAGUCUCAUAAAGAUGAAUGGAAAAUACGAUACCAAAUGAUUAGGGGAAUUUGCAAUGGUCUGAACUAUCUUCACGACCAACGUAUUACUCACUUGGAUUUAAAACCCGACAAUAUUCUUUUGGAUGCUCGCAUGGAUCCCAAAAUUACAGACUUUGGGAUAUCAAGAUGCUUUGAUGAAGGAAUAACUAGAAUUUACACUAAAAAUGUUCGUGGAACACGGGGAAUUAUUGCACCAGAGACCAUAGUCCAUGGAGAAAUAACAUUUAAAUCAGACAUAUAUGGCUUGGGCAAUAUAAUCAUUCAUCUAUUAGCAGGGUGUAACAAUUAUGAUUUCGAUAAUGUGCUCAGAUCGAUCCAAGGGUUCAAUAGCGACGACUAUGGUUCCAGAACGCUGGUGGAUAAAGACUUCCCGAUUGUCCUCGACAAGAUCAUGCCUACUCUAAUAUGGGAUCGGGGACAACCAGGCAUCACUGGCUUGUUCUGGCGGCGGUAGUGGUAGUUUGGUGGUCUAGAGGCCUCGGUGCAAUUUUCAUUAUGUUUGGCGUCCUUUGUACUUACCGUGAACUUUUAUAAUAGAUCUGGGUAUUUCGCAAAUAAAUAAAUAAAUAGUUAACUAAUAUAUUAAGGA